AAUAAUGCAUGAAUAUGGAUGGGCUGUUGUGCCUGAGUCUAUUCAGUGCAUUGGACUACCUCCAACGUUGGCAUAAAACCACCAACGGCAGAGGAGACCACACCGUCCAGUCCAGAAGGAUAAUGAUGGAGAGCAGUGACUCAAAAGGGCUUCUGAUCGCCGAGAAGGGUCUGUCUGGCACGUCUGCAGUGAGUGACAUGUUGCGCUCGUCCUAAACGCUUGUGCGUCUCUACUGACUGGCCAAUAUGUUGAGCCGACUGAUGAGUGGCAGCGACCGGAGUCUUGACAGGGAAUUCAACUGCACGGUGCGACUGCUGGACGACUCGGAAUACACUUGUACGGUUCAGAGGGAUGCAAAAGGUCAAUGGCUGUUUGAGCAGGUCUGUCAGCAUCUAAACCUGCUGGAGAAAGACUACUUUGGCAUCAGAUUUGUGGAUCCAGAGAAGCAACGGCAUUGGCUGGAGUUCAGCAAGACAAUUGCCAAACAAAUGAGAUCCCAGCCACCCUACACUAUGUGUUUGCGUGUUAAAUUCUAUCCUCCGGACCCUGCCGCUCUAAAAGAAGAGAUCACUAGAUACCUGGUCUUCCUACAGAUUAAAAGAGACUUGUAUCAUGGCCGACUCCUGUGCAAAAGUUCAGACGCUGCUACAUUGGCUGCAUUCAUUCUGCAGGCUGAGAUUGGAGAUUAUGACCCGGGGAAGCAUCCGGAAGGUUACAGCUCUAAGUUUCAGUUUUUUCCCAAGCAUUCUGAGCGCCUGGAGCGCCGCAUUGCUGAGAUUCACAAAUCCGAGCUGACAGGCCAGAGUCCUGAGACAGCUGAGCUGAAUUUCUUAAGGAAAGCGCAGACUCUCGAAACAUAUGGAGUAGAUCCACACCCAUGCAAGGAUGUAUCCGGCAAUGCAGCAUUUCUUGCAUUUACCCCAUUUGGCUUUGUGGUACUACAGGGGAACAGGAGGAUUCAUUUCCUCAAAUGGAAUGAGGUGACCAAAUUAAAGUUCGAAGGAAAGACAUUUCAUAUAUAUGCAACUCAUCAAGAGGAUCAAAAGAUCAUCUUGACUUACUUUGCUCCAACACCUGAGGCCUGCAAACAUUUAUGGAAGUGCGGGGUGGAAAACCAAGCUUUCUACCAGUUUGAGAAAUCAAGUCAAGUUCGCACCGUAUCCAGUAGUAAUCUUUUCUUCAAAGGGAGCCGCUUUAGAUAUAGUGGAAAAGUGGCCAAGGAAGUGAUGGAACAGAGUGCCAAAAUCAGACGAGAGCCUCCAGAGAUUCACAGGGCUGGGCUGGUCCCCAGCAGGAGUUGUCCCUCUAUCACUCACGGCCCACGACAGAGUAGCGUUCCCCGAACACGAAGGAGAGCAGUCCACAUUUCCAUCAUGGAGGGUCUGGAGUCCUUGCGUGACAGUGGCCAUUCCACGCCAGUGCGAUCGGUGUCCAAUGGGAACUCAUUCCUACGCUCCCACAGAAAUGGCGCUGAGGGAGGAACAGCUGAAUUUUCCGAGGACUCUUACAGUCCUUCUGACAGCGUGCUUCCCACACCGGUGUCCAGUGACCCCUCAGACCAGGCUCAGGUUCGCCACACAAAUGGCCCCCGCAGCAUUCAAGAGGAAGGAGGAACGGAACUGUGUACUCAAAGCCAGGCAAGGCCACAGGGCGUUAGGCCCAAAGGAAAACGUUCUCAACUGGAGAAGACUCGGCCGUCCCAACAAGGCCCAGAGGAAGGGGUGAAUGAGUUCAUCUGCAGUUUGGCACGUCUUUUCUUAGUGACCCUGGCUCUGCUCUUUGCCCUCCUUCUACUUCUUAUUGUGCUAACAGAGUCUGAGCUGGACUUGGCCUUUCUUAGGGACAUCCGGAGGACACCCGAAUUCCAGCAGUUCCACUACGAAUACUUUUGCCCCCUUAGGCGCUGGCUGGCCUGCAAGCUGCGCUGGAUGGGUGGGCAUCUCAUUAAUAAAUGAGUGUGUAAGCACUCCUCUCUGUCUCCUGAGAUUGUAGUCUGUAGUCUACGAGUGGGACAUUCUAAGCAUUAAUAUCAUGGUACCAUGAAAUCAAAAUCAAAUUACUAUUAUCUACAUAGCCAAAGCCUUGGACUUCCAAAUACCAUGCCAAGAUGAGAAAACUGUGUAUGUUUCAAGUCUAGUUAUUGUGCAAUUGUUCUCUGCAGCACUACUUUAUAGUCUGGUAAAAAAAAAAAAAAAAAAAAAGGUAUGUAUAGCUCUUCAAAUGCUGCCGUCACCCACUCGUAAUUUAUCUAUCAUUUAAAUAUAAUACCUACACUCAAAGAAUGUUCACCCAGACUGUGACGAGUAAGACCUCAUACUGCAAUCAGACAAAGAUGCCUUUAUUGGUCAGACGAUAGACAGGGGCCGGGAGCCAAUAAAGGGAUGGUUCGCCCAAAAAUGAAAAUUCUGUCAUCAUUUUCUCACCCUUACGUAGUUCAACAAUCUGCAGAACUCAUUUUUAAUGAAACAUGAGAGAUUUCUGUCCCUACAUUGUAUGUCCAGCUAACCAAAAUUAAAAGAUACAAAAAGGUCUUCAAGGUGAAUCUUAAUGAAUCAAGCGAUUUAAUCUAAGUCUUGUGAAGAGAUUCGAUCAGAGCACACAUCACAUAUGGUAAACAUGGAAGCGUAUCUCAUGUGAUCAUAUCUUUUCACAAGACUCGGAUCAAACUGCUCAAUUCACAUUUUACAACUACUAACCUUUUUGUAUCUUCAGUGUUUUGAUUACCUGCAUAUUCAAUGAAGGAACUGAAACCUGUCAUGUUUCAUUAAAAACAUCUUAAAGAGAUGCAAAUUCGGUCAUUGGUUACUCAUCCUCAUGUCGUUCCAAACAAAGAAAACAAGAAUGAUGACUUUAUUUAUCAAUUUCCUUUCUUCCAUGUCUUCGAUGUGUAUUCACAACAGGACACAUACGUGUGCAUUUCUCUGCUUGCAAACAAGGCGCAGUGCAUGUGGGUUCUUCUUAUUGUUGAAUAAAGUCAUUAUUUUUUUCUUUUUGCACAAAAGUAUUCUCGUAGCUUCAUAAAAUUACAGUUGAACCACUGAUGUCACAUGGACUAUUUUUACAAAGUCCUUACUACUUUUCUGGGCCUUAAACGUGUCAGUUGUGUUGCUGUCUAUGCAGGGUCAGAAAGCUCUCGGAUUUCAUCAAAAAUACCUUAAUUUGUGUUCUAAAGAUGAACAAAAGUCUUGGUUUUGAACGACAUGAGGGUGAGUAAUUCAUGACAAAAUGUUCAGUUUUGAGUGAACUAACCCUUCAAUUUGUGCUUUGAAGAGUAAAUAAUGACAGAUUUUUCAUCUGAAUUUUCUUAAAGGGGUCCUAUUAUGCUCUUUUACAAAGUCUUGAUUUUAUUUUUGGGGUGUACUAGAACAUGCUUUCAUGCUUGGUGGUUCAAAAAACGCAUUAUUUUAAACAUAAUUUACAUUAUUACAAUGGACCGCGUUGGGACAUUGUAUGUGAAAAACAAACGCUGCAGUCCAAAGGAGCCGUUCGCUGUAGUUCUUGAAAAGGGAUUUUUUUAAAAAACGAAAUAUCUCCUUUUGGAGUGGACUUUGAGAUUUGUAAUUUGUAGAUCUUUUUUAUGCCCAAAGAUACACACCACACACUUACUAAAGUUCAAAAAGUGAAAAGCAUAAUAGCACCCCUUUAAAUGACCUUGACUUUUUUAGGUGAACUAUCCCUGUAAUGUCAGAUAUAAGCUUGAGAAUGAGUUAGGGAGUUUGAAUGAUAUUUUGUAAGUGUAAAAUGAUGGUACAGGUUGUAUAUUUGAUCCAAAUCAUACUAUAAACAGGACUGCGGGUCACUAGUAUGGAUCAAAACCACUGACAGAGUUAUCUUGUUUAAUUGAGCUUCAGUAAUGUUUUGAUGAAAAUUUAUUAACACUUUAUAAUAAGGUUCAAUUUGUUAACAUUAGGUAUCAUAAUCUAACGAUGAAUCAUUUUUAAAGCAUUCAUUCAUCUUGGCUAAUGUUAAUUUAACAUCUCAUGUCUCAAGAUACAUACAGUAUGGAUAAUUAAGAUUAAUGAACGAACAUGACAAUACAUAAAUUAGCUUGCAUUAGUAAAUGCUGUAGAAAUGGUUGCUCAUUUUUAGUCCAUGAUAUGUAAUGCAUUAAUGAAUUGAACCUCAGCGUAAAGUAUUACAGAGGAUACAUUUGUGUGGACUUAACACUAAGGUAUGGGUCAUCACGAAUUUCCCAAUGAAAAAAUGCCUACCAUUGCCUAUAAUUUUUGUUGCUAUCCUGAACACUGAUAUUUAGUGGAAGAUGGUGGUCUUGAGAUUCAAAAGUUGUGAAGAGGGUAAAGAAAGUGCUCUGGAAAGACAAAGUAAUGUGAAAUGUUUGAAAGUCUAAACUAUUUCUGAAAAGAUAUUGAAUUAGCUAUAAUUUGUUAAAUUCUUUUUUCAAUCAUGCAUCAAUAAUUUUAGAGACCUCAUUCUUCCGCUUGCACAAACUUAAAUUUCAAAAUUACAGUGUGACAAACGUCUUCUGUAAGUGAUGAUGAAAUGUUGGUUAUUCAGUUGUGAGAUUACGAAAUUAUUUUAUCUAAAGGCAUAGACUUAGAAUGGUUGAAUUGGUAAAAGCAUUAAACCAAAAUAUAUUAAAUAUCUAUUACUUUUCUGUGGCCUUCAUGAGACACAUUCAAUAGUAAAGAGUUGUAUAGCUAAGGCCGUAAGACUAGUGACAGAGUAAUUUAAUUAAAAUGACAAACUGAUGGCAGAUAUAACACAGAAAGGUCUGUGGACAUAAUCAAACACAGCUAUAUGCACAUUUAAAUAUUUUUGGUAAAACUUAAAAUCAAAAUAAACCUAACUGGAACUCAUUGGUGCUCUCGAAAUGUCAGGCCUGCAGCAAAUGCAAAUGUCCUGAAAAGCUUUGAAUCAUAUUUGGGGGUUAAAGAACCUAGAAAAACCUAGAAAGGAACAUAGUGAUAUGUAACUUUUUUAUAUACUGUGUGUAGCUUCAUAAGGUAGCCUAGUACAACUAACAGUAUGCAGCAAUACCAUGAUGGCACAGAUGUGAACAAAAGGAAAUGAAGCAAUACAAAUGACACUGAUAAGCCAGCAGAAAAGUGUUUUGUUAACCUAGAGCAAUGUAGUGGUUCAGAACUGCAUUACAAAUUCAGCAACGUUGGAAUUAGCUGAUUGCUUGUCUGGCAUUGCGCCGGUUGCAAGCUGCAGGUUGUGCUAUAAAUUAACCCCCAUAUACUGUGACUGAUUAAUUCUUCAGAUCUGUUACUGAUGGUGAUGGACACUGUUUCGGCCAUUUCAGAUUGUAAGUUUCAUUCAAAGCAAUAGCCGACUGAACUGAAUAAAUGUUGUAGCUCAGAAGACAAUCUGAAUGGAUAAUGAAUCAGACACUGUUAUACAAUGACUCGGCUGUGCCUGAACCCAGUGAUCUUCCUGCUCACUGUAUAGCAUCAGAUUAUUAUUUUCUGUAAAUUUCAUCACUUUUAUUUUUAUUGUUUCAUACCAUUACUCUGUGUUGUACCAAUAAUACAUUAAAGCAGUUUAUUUUUAUGUUUUUCUAAAAAACAAAUAAACCUUCUCCAAACCAAAUUUAAA